UAAUGCAUGGGGAAACACGGCUAUGGUGGCUGCUAAAUAAACAAGUAAACGAAAAGCCACCUCAGUUGUUCCUAAAAAAAAACUUUCCACUAUCCUUCUGAUAGUAGUAUUAAGUAUUUUUCUAUUCCACAUAUCUGUACAUAUGGCAAACACGCUGGAUUUCAGGACCCACGUCGACCAGUCAUGCAGAUAUUCAGAAGAAUUUGUCAACAUUUAUUACGACUGCAUGGAUAAGAAAAGGAGGAACUUGACCCGGCUGUACCUGGACAAGGCAACCCUGGUGUGGAAUGGGAAUGCAGUGUCCGGACAGGAUGCUCUGGGCGAGUUUUUUGAGUCACUGCCUUCGAGCGAGUUCCAGGUCCACACGCUGGAUUGUCAGCCAGUUCACGAACAAGCAACUCAAGGCCAAACUACACUGCUCGUGGUGACUGGUGGGACAGUCAAGUUUGAAGGGAACAAACAGCGUUUCUUCAACCAGAACUUUCUUUUGACAGCUCAGGCUACACCCAACAAUGACCAGCCUGUCUGGAAGAUUGCAAGUGACUGUUUCAGAUUUCAAGACUGGAAUAGCUGAGGCUCUGCUCAUCUCCGCCUUUUCCUCUAAAAUGUAUGAAUGCUCAGCAGUGAUAAAUCUUGAAAAUCAAGAUGCUGUUUGUUUAGUCUUAUGUUUUUGUAAUAAAAUGAAAAUUUCAUGAAACGCUGAAUACGAAAAGAUGUUUAUUCUCAAAAUGUGAACAGGGCAUGUGCUCACAAUGAUGGAGUAAUAAAUACAAAUAGAUCACUAGAACAACCAACUGUAAAGUGACUGUCAACAUCUGCUCUCUUAAAGUUUUAAUGAUGCAAAUCCAUCAACACAAUAGCACUUUGAAAAAUACAUAGAAAACACUCCUAUAAUAUUAAAAUGAGCUGAACUUCAGAUAACCUUAUGAUACCAAAUUGUACAUUAUCCUGUUAACUGAGGUAAAAUACGCACAGUAUUACAGUAUGCCAGUUCUGACUAGCGAUUGCUAAUAAGCAUUUCGUAAAUGGUAAGUAGUUAAGCAUGCUUGCUUUUAAAUAAAUAAGGUGUCCACAAG